GGGCUACAAUGCCCGCCUUGGACGGCCUUAUAACGGAUGAGUUCUGGCUGCUUGCGCAAGGCUCGUCCCGCAAACCAACUUUACACUACACCAUGAAAGUCAUCUUGUCGGGCUUGCUUCUUUGCGGUAUAGCGCUCGGGAACGCAGUGCCGUCAAAGCGACAGACCCUCGGCUCUCCUGCGGCGUUGAAUGUUGUCCAAGACGGCGAGAUAUUGGGUGAACUAUUCGUCACUGGCGUCGGCGCGACUGCCACGGUCACAGCUGACACCGGCACGUCCUUCUACAUUUCCUCCGACUUCGACUUCCUGUACGCCGACAUCGACGAUACGUCUCAUGCCUACGUGAACUUCCAAAACUUCGGAACCACCUGUGGCACCACCGGGGACCUCAUCUUCACGACGUCCGAUUCGAACAAGUGCUCCUCCCAGGGACCGUUCAGCGUGACAGAAAGUGGAGUCUUGCAAUACGAGUCUGGGCCAGGAUCGUUCCUGGUCUGCGGGACCGACCAGCAUAUCGCUUUCAUUAGCUCUGGGUCCGCUCCGUCUGGCUGCGCGAACGUCGAGCUGAAAUUCUUAGCUUAAU